AUGCCUCCCAAAGCAUCGACUGAAAAGACCGAGGGGCCAUAUUCUGAUGCAUCCAGCUCUUAUUGGCCAGAAGGAUGGGGCUGGGAUCGUUAUAGCGAUCCAAAUGAAGACAUUACCGUCCUUUCCGUGGAGGAACAGGAGAAGAUUCGAGAUGGCAUCCGCGAUGCCAUGGGUGACGAUGGAUUCGAAGAGCUGAUGGAUUAUAUAAUUGAGAAAGAAACGGACCACUACGGACAAGAGUACGAAGAAGUUACCGAGGCACGUAAGAUGUUCACCAUACAUUGGAUCGAAGACGGACAACUAGCUGGAGCAAAUGCCGACAUCUUACGCGAGCGCUACACCAAAUUGAAAGAGGACCAGGAGGUGAAAGGUAUACUUGAUCUUGGCAUGUUUCUAUGCGCGUCUUCCGAUGCAGUAGAUUCUGUUCUCUCGCCAAAUGAAGAUGAUCUACCAACCAUCGAGACUCUGGCCUUUCGCGACGAGGCACCGUUCUUGCUAGCAGUCUUGAUGGAAAACUCUAUGAAUCCGCAUGGCGACGACGAGCCGUAUGAUCCCGAAGAUCCGAACAACGAGGCAAACUGGUACAAGCCCGUCUUCAAGGUGCCCAUUGAAUUGCUUGUCAAUGAGCUCUGGAAGACUAUGGAAAGCCCUACUAUGGAACUUUCUAGAAUUACACGCAAUGUUAGAGGAAGCACGGAACUGGGAGGAGAACGUCUAGAGGUGACUCCGUUGGACGAGCCAUAUGAACACUGGGUCCCGCGGGCUAUCGACGAUGAUCUCCACGGGCACUUUGAAGACAGACUUGUACCACUUCCCCUCGUCAUUAGGGCCAUUCGUAUCGUACUCGUCUUCUUCGUCGCCGUGGGUUAUCGUCUUCAAGUGUAA